AUGACGGCUCAGCUCUUACCUUCCGUCAUAACGAGUCCAUUCAACAGACAUUUCGAUACGAGCGCGAACAUCUAUUGCGGCUCAUGGUCAGCAUAUCCUUCCUGUCCAACUAUCUCCUCAUCCUCCUUGAAACCUUUCUGCGUUUAUCAAGAUCCACAAAGCUCUUCCGCAUCGAUUCCCUCGGUUUCGUCUGCCCCGGCGCAGGUACACAAACCAGAUCGUGACCUACCGUCCAGCGAGAACAUCCUUCCGGGAUUAUCCCGUCAAACUCCAGGGCCUUCGUCGACCAAUGGCGUCAAAAUACACUCGAAUCACUACGAAUCCUUGCCAAUACCCGAAGACCCAAGAUUACGCUUGUUUCAACCCACUCGUUCAGACGUGCACGGCGGAACUGAACAUACCCAGAGAUAUCUUGCUAGUCCAACUCAGGCUGCCCACAAGCUGGCAGAACCGCAUAAUGGGGAGAAGCGCACGCAAGGCGUGCACCAUGAUAUCGCCUCAAGCACUCGAGAGCAACACAGGCUUCGGACGUCGCUGUCCACGGAAGCAUUCUUUAUCGAAGAGGAAGAAUAUCAGGAUCUCAGUACGUACCCAAGAGAAUACACUCGGGACUGGUUUAGCGCCGUGGAUGAGCCUGAAUCUCUCCUCGAGAGAUCUUUCCUUGCAGAUACGUCGGAAGACACGUCGGACACAGGGCCACCCUUAGGUUUGCAUCGGAAGCGAUGCUCUACCGCAUCAUCGGGCUUCGUGCACACCAUGAAAACAGCGAGUCUCAGUAAUGCAAGCUUCAGCCUCGUGCCUCGGUCGCUCCGUGUCGGCCGUUCAAGAGACGAUUCUUACAUCUUUAGCUCCAGUGCAAGACAUUCAGUGGAGAGUGACCGACCAACAACUUCAGCAUCCGUGGACGAAGCCGCCUUUCGAAGAGCCAUCAAAAGGAGGCAAAUUCUUGUGGAGUUGGUCACCUCUGAAGAGAGCUAUAUUGCUGAUUUAAAGGCCCUGAUCUACCUGUAUUCGACUCUUCUGGCGACUACGAUGACGGUUCCAGGCCGGGUCAGAUCAUCUCUUCUGAGGAACGUCCACGAUCUUCUUUCUCUUCAUGAGAAACUCCUGGAGCGUUUGCACCAGGCUGCGUACGAGGCUGCAGCACGAAAAUGGGCAGACACAACCUCUCCCCGACAUCUCGGUUCACCUCCCUAUCACAAGCGGUGGAAAAGCCUCGAGUCCAGCGUUGCCGCCAAGCUCGGGCGCAGCAAUCGUCGAGCCCGCAGCUCAAUUGAAUCCACCGAAGUACCUCGCGGCCGGACAUACUUGGGUGGAGCAGAACCAAGGGAUGUUGCUGACGUGGCGGGCAUUUUUAGGCAUUUCUUGAGUGACUUCCUGGUUUACGAGGAGUAUUGUGCCAAUCACAGCCUCAUUUCCCGCGAGUUGCAACGACAUUCUCCUGCGCUUUGGUCAACCUAUGAGUCAGGAAUCGAAUCCCUGGCAAGAUCCCUUGCUGCUCUCGAUCGCAAACGCCAAAGUGAAAGAAAAGGGUUGACGGUUGGUGAUCUCCUUAUCAAACCGAUACAGCGAAUGACAAAAUAUCCUCUCCUGUUCGACGAUCUUCUAAGACAAACACCUGUGGCGGACUGCCCUACUGCACAUUCCGAUCUAGAAGCGAUCAUGACAUGUUUGAGAGAAGUUGUUCAAACAGUCAACAAAGCCACGGACAACCAUGAAACUCGAGCUCAGAUUCAACGUCGAUGGUCACUGCAGACACGGCUGAUCUGCGACAAAGUAUCUUUACGAGUCGAGCAAUUUCGAAUGCUGGGAAAUAUCCAACUAAGUGGUGUUCUGCAUGUGACUUGGCAGACUAGGACUAACAAAGUCGACGGUCGCUACGCCCUCUGCAUGUUGUUUGACACCAGUCUCAUCAUUGCAUUGCCGGCAGGAGCCACCGCAAAGUUUGAAGCGGUCGCGUUUUUGCAUUUACGAGACACCAGGGUUGAAUCGGCUAGCGAUGGUCGCGGACUUCAAUGUCACUCGACCCUUUACACAUGGAAGAUAUGCUUCGAGAUCAGUGGCCACCUGCAUGAAUUUAUCCUGAGUGCCUGCUCAGCCAUCGAGGAAAGUGCUUGGAGAGGGGGCUUGCAAAACAAGGAUGCUCCAGGCAGACGAAUGGCCGAGCUGUUGAACCAGAUUCCCUCGAGCAUCAGCCUCAACCUCAGAUCGAUUGGGCAGGUGUACAGUCAGCAAAGUUCGACCUUGUCUAGGAAUCCUUCAGUACAAAGAGCAGCCACGGUAGGAAAUCGUGCCACUGUUUGCCAAGUCAUCAUUCGAAACACAAGUAAUCCGCAAGACUUGCACGAGUUUCGUCAGCCGUCAUCUUCAUUAAUCAACAGAUCUCAGUCACAUAUGACGUCCAACAGAGUUGUUGUCCUAGCACCAAAACGGUCGCAGCGUUCGAGGCUCGAAUCAACACUGGGUGAUGUAUGGACAAAGGAGAAAUUGCCUUACCCUGGCAUGAUUACUUCUCGCAGUGGUCAAAUCAUCAGAGCGUCAGCAGGCUCAUUGGCCCGCAAGCUAAGUCUGAGUUCCAUCCAUACUCCGUUCUCGAGGCGGUCUGGCAGUCUAUCGCUCAGCAGCCGCAAGUCGUUCGACCUGUCAAACGAGAGCCGACAUAGCAAAACGAAGCCUUCGACACCUAUCUUCGAAAUACGCAAAGAAAGUUUGGACGAGUUACCACCGGCGAGGACGAAGUCGCGUGAGAUACCAGAGGUCGAUACAAUGGAUAACGUGGUCAGUCGGAUGAUAGGGAGCAGUCUAUCAAGAAAUGUGUCUAUCUCUCAAGGACAUCACGCUCUGGCAAGGAGAGGGACUAAGAGCCUGAAGAUCGAUCAGGAUGCCGGUGGACCUGAGGUUGGGCCAGAGGAUCCGGCGGAGAUAUAUUAUGCUGAAUCGAAGGAGAUGCCAGAGCAGCCGGAGAUUGUGGAGGAAGGGCUGGCGGGUAGGAAGAAACGAUGGAGCAAUCCGCUCGGUAUAUUGAAGGUUCUGUCCGCUGAUGGACUUCGCCACAUGUUGUAUUCAAGUAAGUAG